AUGGAAAAACUAAAGGCAACACGCACCAAGUUAAAGUCCAGCCUCACGCGGCUGCUUACACUUUCGGAAAAUCCGCUUGAGAACUGCACAGCGGAUAUGGUGGAUACUAUGAAGACUAGACUCGACAACGUGUGGAAGGAGUUUGAUCGGUCCACUGAUGAUAUGUUUGAAUUUCAAGAAUCGCAAGGGUACGUUGACCCCAUGGGUGACUACGGAGAUUAUGAGAUGAAGUACUUAACUGCACAACUGCACUUAAAGGAACGCGGAAAAUUGGUUAACCCAGUAAAAGCAACUAAGGUCGUGGACUCCAGUGAGGGAGUCAUCGAAGUAGUGUCGCAGAUACUACACAAGCAGAUGGAACUUCAACGGGAGUUUUAUGAAAGCAUGACAGUAAGUGGAGCUGCCUGUUCGGCGUUAGGGGGACAGGUCCAGCUGCCCAAAUUACACAUCAAGCCUUUUGGUGGCGACUACCUGGAGUGGCCAGCCUUUAAGGAUUUAUACGAGAGUACCAUUCACAACAGGGUGAAUCUGGAUAAAGCUCAGAAGUUUGAGUAUCUCAAGUCUUUUCUCUGUGAUGAGGCUGCAAGUUUCAUAAAUCAUUUGCCGUUAACAGGAGCGGCGUACGAGACGGCUUGA